GAACAUCUGGUUCGAGGCUACUUCGUGCUCUACUGUAUCUGAGGCACUUAAGAGAAACAUAUUGACUCAUGGAUGUACCAUCUCAACAACUGAUAGAAUAUCGUAAGGAUCGGAGUAUCCUACUCAUUGGUUUGCGCCGUCUGGAUAAUAUUUUGGCCCUCAUUUUAGGGGAAAUCAAUGACCACGGAAUCACCAACAUUGAUGUUACGUGUCACGACGCUGACCCUGCUGUCCUGGCUCGACUUGUGCUAGCAUUCAGCGUCUUUGCAACUGAGGAAAGCUCCGAGGUAUGGGAGGAUGCCUAUGACUUCGUACUCCACGAUCCCUCGCGCCCAAGGCUACUACGGUGCAAAUGCAAGGGCCUUUUGAGUGCGUCAGAAACCCUCACUUCGUGGAGAAACUCUGUUCUCUCUUCGUUUCUGACUGUCUGUCCGGAUAGUUCAAUGGAGAUCCUACGUCGUCAUUGGGCUGCCUGGCUGCAAGAAGAGGAGCAUAUUUACCGAGUAUCUACCGGACCUACCAAUCAUUUUACCUGUACAAUGGUGGAUGCGUUCCGCUCGCUCGUAUCACAAUGUGCCAUCACCAUUCAUCUUCUAACCGAUAGCCCGCGAACACUUUGGUCAGAUGAAGGGACAAAGUUCGAUAUGAUCCACCUCCAGAGCUCUGCAGACCAUCCGGGCUUAUUGGAUAUACUCGCAGAGGUGGCCCAGCCGAUGCUAGCCAAUGUUCCUCUGGUAGUGACUACCCACAAACGCAGCACCGAGCAUCUGAACGUGCUCUUUUUCUUCUUAGGCCUCAUCCCAGAGACUCAUCCGUCGCUCACGCAUGACCAUGCCCAGUCCUUCCUUUGGAAGCUUCAGAGAGGCCCAUAUCGCCUUGUCGUCGGCUCUGAAGAACUCUCGCAGGCCUUGUGCCAUAUCUAUACGAAAUGCGUUCAGACCGGUAAUAUGCGGAAGAGCUUCGUCACACUCUUGGGUGUUGUGAAGGAACGGGUGGACACCGCAUGGGGCGACGCUAUGCAGGGUCUACUCCGCCGUAUCGAGACGUGGGGCGGAGAUUCGCUUUAUUUCCAACACUUGUCCUGCGAAAUUCAUUUGCAGAAUGUACACGUCGUGGAUGCGUUUUCGCGAGAACUGGUCGUGCCGCUCAGCCCACACACUAACCGUCGCUUUGGUCGCACUUGGCCCUUCGUGCCUCCCAUCGUCUGUCUGAUUGUUCAGCUCCCCCACCCCGUCCUUCAGGAGAUUCACGCUUCUGGUUUGAUGCUUGAAAUUCAAGAGCAUUCGAGGAAAAUGCUUAAUUGUUUUCCUGCCUUGCAUGUCACAUCCAGAAAGGUUUACUCGGACAGGCUGGCCGAUGAUACCGUUUCCAGGGUAGCAACGUGGAUCCCCUUCUGGUUAUUGGAUGUGAAUCCCGACGAUACGAAUGUGGUAGUCUCCUCCUCACAUCACCGAGAAAUUUUCAGCACCAAUCUGUUGGAUCGCCGCCACGUUCUUGUACGCCCGGACUGGCCAGCAUUUUUAGGCGCUAUGACACCGGCUCCUGAGAGAUCUGUCAAGAGACAGCGUCGGAAAGACUUGGACGUCCAUGUCCAUUUCACCAAGGACCAUCGCGAAAUAUCUUCCCUGACAAUUCAUGUUCGAGUCAACGAUAUCAUUGCUCGACUGGCGCUGAUUGACGGUGAAGAAGUAGUAGCCAGGCAGAUCUCCCCUUGCGAGAUCCGAGUCAGCUUUGAUUCUUUUCAGUAUAUUGCCUUAUUUCCGGUCCCUGUUGACGGAUCACCCAGACGGUUGAAGAUGCGAGUUGCCCGACGGUCAUGUUUUAUUGAGAUAUGCGCGCCUAUUAUACCAACAGUUAGCUCCCGUGAAAGCUAGUUCUCUUGAUAACUCUGAGAAAUUUAUACGUUUCCGAAUUGGCACCGUCGCUCAUGCCAUCUAUAUAGUCUUUGAGUGUCGAUAGUUACUUUCUAACCUGUCUCUCUCUGC